UCAAAUGAGGUGAAGAUGUACUUGAAUAUUUGAUAGAAAUGGCAAAGAAAUUUUGAAACAGUUUGUAUGACUUUGAACAAAGGACUAAACCUUAUAAAAAACACUAGUGCUCAGUGUAGGCCUACUGAAUGGAGACGGACAGUACACAGUACAUUUUCAAGCUGUUUGGAAUAUUAAGAGCUUCUGAAUUUAUGAAAAUCAGCUCAUGUGAGAGUCAAUAAUGACAAGCCCAUCUUCAGCACCAGUCCUGUCACCUCGGAAAGUUAUCGUGGAGUCUAAGGGCUACUUCGCUCCCUGGAACUCUUCACGCACUGCCUGGAACGACCUUUAUGGUUCCUGGAACGACGUGGAAUCCACCGAUACCAACUGGACGACCCACCGCCCCAACAUAAACGACUCUCUAUAUUAUCCAAUAGGCAGGAACGCCAGCUUCGACUUAGAACCAUUCAAGGACGAGGUUGGAAUAGAGCCAGAAUAUGGUUCUAGGGACCUGAACAUCUUGCUGAAUGAUUCCACGAAGAGCGGGAUCGGAAAUGAGACGGAGUACGACUACGACUACGAUGCGGCGCUGGAUACCUUCUUCUGGGGCCAGCUGGCGCCCCCGCUGGUGGUAUAUGGGGUGACGUACGUGGUGGGUGUGGUCGGUAAUGGUCUUAUUAUCUUCACUAUCUGCCGCUAUCGUCGCCUCAAGACCACGACCAACGUCUUCCUCGCCUCCCUCGCCAGUGCCGACCUCCUCCUCAUCCUCAUCUGCAUCCCAGUCAAGCUGGCGAAGCUGUUCUCGUACUCGUGGACGUUGGGAGAAGUGAUGUGCAAGAUGCUCCACUAUCUCCAGGCUCUUUCAGCCAUAUGCUCCGUCCUCACUCUCACUAUCAUGAGCUUAGAGAGGUACUAUGCCAUCGUGUACCCCAUGAGAGCCCAGUACCGCUGUACCAUCUCCCAGGCCCGCCGCUUCUGUCUUGCCAUAUGGCUCCUCUCCGUUCUGCUGGCCUGUCCAGUCUUCCUCCUGCAGGUACACAUGGAGGUGGGUGAGAGGGUGCGGGCGUACUGGUGCGUGCGGGACUUCGACUCCCCGCUACUCUGGAGGAGCUACGAGACCUACAUGCUGGUGCUGGUGCUGCUGGUGCCUGCCUGUGUCAUGGCCGCAGCCUACGCCGCCAUCAGCAAUGCCAUCAUCUUCAUGGUAGUGCAGCGACGCACCAUCACAGGCAAAGGACAGAUGGCCAACGGCGUUCUGUUGCUGAACGGUUCAACACGAGGCCGUCGACGGGCAACGGAAGAGUCUGAGGUGCGGCAGGUUGUGUCGAUGUUGGUUGUGGUGGUGGUGCUGUUUGUGGUGUGCUGGGGACCCAUCCUGGUGGUGAACGUUCUCAAGGCCUACGCCAUCAUCCCGGCCUACUCCGUCCCACUCAAGCACGUGGUCACGGCUGCCGACCUCUUCUCCUACUGCAAUAGCUGUGUCAACCCUAUUGUAUACGGCUUCAUGUCCAGGAACUUCCGGGAGAGUUUCAGGCAAGUUCUUUGUUGCCGCCAGGGUCUCCGUCCUCCCGCUGUCUCCCGCCAGAUGUCUCUCUCUGUCACAAGAACAUCUAUACUUCGCUAUAACAAUGACACCAGGUGA